AGUAUAGAUUAUUGUUAACCGGAUAUCUGAAUUACUAAUUUCGAUGCUAGUCUUGAAUUUUAUCAUUCUCUUCACAUUCUUUGCUGCUAUAGAAGGAUGUUUAAUUCAAGCUACGUUACCUCCUCCUUCAAAUAAUCAAUUUCCCCGAAUUCGUCUGCGGAAUUCUCUUCCAACUUUAAGAGAAUUUACCUUUUGCUCGUGGAUCAGACCUCACACCUUACAAAAAUCAUGCUACACUGUGGCAUCCUACGCCACUUCAAGCUCUGAUAAUACCAUAACUUCCAUCAUAACUUAUAGAAGAAAUGUCAUGAAGGUUCAUCUCUACAUUAAAUCUGUUCGGAAAGUGUUUAGGUGUCCUGACAUAAAGUGGAAAAUCAACGAAUGGUACCACAUGUGCUCCAGUUGGACAGGCUCUAACGGAACUGCUGAAGUUUUAAUGAAUGGAGUGCCGUGUAGUUCAAACGGAAAAACUCGAGUUAACAUUUCGAAACCUGGAACCGUACAGGGAGGUGGAGUGUUCAUUAUAGGUCAGGAGCAAGAUAUGUUGGAUGCAAAAUUUAGCAGUAGUCAAUCCUGGAUUGGAGAUAUUGCUGGUGUUCAUCUUUGGGAUAAAGCUUUGAGUCGUAACGAAGUGGUUGAAGCUGGAAAUAUCGAUAAUUACCCGAAUCCCGGUAAUGUCAUUUCUUGGAUGAAAACUCCUACUCUAGAUUUGGACGGAGUAAAGUAUUCGAAAAGUGAUUUGUGCCCCGUUUUAGGCUUUACUCCAAUUAUAGUGUAAUAUGUUAAAAGAUAUGUAGAAAAUACUUUAAUAAAAUUGAUUAAUGUAUAAUUAUUUGAUUUUAUAAAAGAAUUUAUUUCAUUAUUAUUAUUAGGGUGUACAAGGGGUCUUCUAAACCAGUGGUGUGCCGAGAAUGGACUGAGGGGUCUAGGCUAGUCCCCAAAAUUUCUUGAGAUACCGUCUAAAUAUUACUUUUAAUGCAUUUGUAUUUCAAACCUUUCACUUGAAAAAUAUGUAGUUUCGUGAAUUUCCUCUUUUACGCCGAGUUCAACUCUUCCACGAGCCAACCUGAACACCCCUCAGGAUUCUUUAGUUGACUCGUCGACAGGACUAGCUUGCAGA